ACUUUGGUUUAAGACCAAUAAGCGCCAUUGUUUCCCAGAGUCAUCUUUAUGGCGCACUUAUAGUGUUGUUUGUUUCGUAAAAAUGGUUUUGUUUAGCUUCAUGAUGUGAAAUGUUUAAAAAUAAUUAUUCAAAUAUUUUGACGUUAGUCAUUGUUACCCAAUUCAGCUAAGUUAGCUGUUUCCUAAAACCGCAGCCCCCACCACGCUGCUGUAAAUCAAAACAAUGACUUCAGCUUCUACUAAGGUUGGCGAGAUUUUUUCUGCAGCUGGAGCUGCGUUCACAAAAUUAGGAGAGCUUACCAUGCAACUGCAUCCAGUGGCAGACAUGAGUCCAGCAGGUGCACAAACGAAAACAACAGUCAAGAGGAAGAUUUAUGAAGACACUGGAGUUUUAUCCACUGAUUCUUUAAAGAAGAGCACCAAAAAGGUACCAGUUUCUAUGCCUCUCCCUGGACCACCUAAAGUCAUUGCUGUGCCAAAAUCUCAUGUUGCGGUGACCGCCGGUUUACAGGGUCCAACUACAUGUCCAUCUAGCAUUAAGUCAUCAAAGACAGCUGAGGUCACUCUCAGUGCAUUGAAUGACUCUGAUGCAAACAGUGAUCUGGUAGAUAUAGAGGGGCUAGGUGAUGGUUCCACCUCCAAAAAACUCAAUUUUGAUCAAGAUAGUCUAAAUCUGGAUUCCAGCCUCAUCAUGAAUUCCAGUGACUUGCCUCUGUUAUCCCGUUGAAGUUCUCAUACUGUAGCUUACCUUCAGCUGGAAAAUGAAAUGAAACUGAAUCAUGUCCUAUCAGUGAGGGUUCAUUCCACCUCCCCCCCCCCCAAAAAACUUCUUAUUUAAUCCAAACUUUUCUUCCAGGAAGACACAUUUCUAUGAUGAUAAUAAAGGAAGGGAUAAUAUAUCAUUUAAGAAAGCUAGCAUAUACUUUUACAUAUUACUGCUCUGUCAAAAAUGUUUAUUUUUCAGUUACAGCAUUUUUGUACAUAUUUUUAAAACCAUUAUAAAGAUAUGUACUUGGCUUUGGGAAAAACCUUUAGCCAAAUGGCUUGGAAUAUUGAUGGUUGAGGCUUUGUUUGUAUUGCUAAAUUAAACAAUUAUUGUACUUUUGAUUAUUCCUAAAGUCAAUGGCCUGCAUAGUAUUUUGACGCAUUUUUCUUUUAUACACACACAUACACAAACAAAAAAUAAAGAUGCCAUCUUUUGCAGCUAAAA